GAGCCGGCUGCACGUGCUCCCACUCCGCUCCGGUUCUGCUGGCCGCGUGCUCGCUCGGUCCCGCGUGGGGCCCCGAGGCGGCCAUGGCGGUGGUUGCGGCGGAAACGCGCGUGUUCCUGGAAGUGCGGAGACGGCUGCAGAGCGCGCUGCUGAUCCUGGGAGAGCCAGAUGAAGGAGGAGGGAUGCAGCUGGACUUCACUGUGACUCCGACCUCGCUCUUGCUGAGAACCCCUGACCGCUGCACCGAGAUCCGGCUUCCAGCAGGGGUCAGGCUUGUACCUUCCUCGUGCCGCGGGCUGCAGUAUGUCGGUGGAGAUGGUUUGCACCUGCGCCUGCAGGCCCAGGCCGAAUCUAGCCCACAACUGAUACCAGUAUUUAAUCGAAGCCUGCAAGCCCAAGCACGGUGCACAUUUUACUGCCAGUCCUGCGGCGACAUCACGAUAAAGGACAGGAAGCUCCUCAGGGUGCUCCCUCUGCCGAGUGAGAACUGGGCCGCUCUGGUUGGAGAAUGGUGCUGUCAUCCUGAUCCCUUUGCUAAUAAGCCUCUUCACCCUCGAGAAAAUGACUGUUUUCUUGGGGACUCUUUCUUCUUGGUGAAUUUGAGAAGCGAUGUGGAACAGGAACCAAAAGCAAAUACCAAAGUCAUUUGUAAGCGUUGCAAGGUAAUAUUGGGAGAGACCAUAUCAUCAGCCGAGGCUGGCUAUAUAACUGAGAAUGGCCUUGCCAUUCUUAUCCUCAGACAUCCACCUCCAGAGCACUGGGAGUUCAGGCUUGCCAGCUCGUGGGAAAGUGACAUCAGCGUCCACCCUUUAACUCUGCCCUCCGCCACCUGCUUGGAGCUGCUGUUGAUACUCUCAAGGAACAACGCCUCCCUGCCGCUGUCGCUUCGGCAAAUGAAUUCCUUUCAGGUGGCCUUUCUGAAGAUAUAACUGUUGAAGGUGAGGCUUUCUGGUCUAGCAGCAGACAGCUGUUCAGCACAGAGCACAGAGAAAGCCAGCAGUCGGUUCUGUGAGCACAGCCUGCCAAGAUGAACAAGAACCAGAGCUGCAUUUAUUCUCUGAGAGUUGACUUUGGAUUCCUGCAAAUCCAAGGCUAUAAGGAAAGUUGUAGUAGCGGGUUUUAGGCAGGUUAAGUAUAGAAGUUGCACCUCUACUCCCCACAGAGAGGAAUAUUCAAAUCUGUGCUGUGUCAGCACCACCUGGAAGCGUAUUAGUUAAUGGAAAGCCAUCUGUCCUGUUUGAACACAGCGAGGGACUUCAUUGGGGAGCGGAAUGCUAACAGCUCUCAAUCCCAGGAAGUAAACUUUUAAGGAGCUCUGGGUUUGUUUAAAGCACAUUUUUAAAAGCUAAAAUGUACAAGUUUUUAUAUCUUAUUCAAAGAAGAUGCUUGCUGGUGUUUGUCGAAUGAGUCAUUAUCCAAUUAAAGUUUUC